AUGCCCCACUCGUACUCCGCCCUCUGGGGCCCUCGUCGCCUGCUAUCCGGGCCUUUGUCUCCCGCCCUCCGGGGCCUUUGUCCUCCGCCCUUCUCUGCCGUCGUCGUCUGCCGUCGUCCACUGUCGCCUCCCUCGCCCUCCACCCUUGCCCUCCGCCUUCGUCUCCCGCCCUCCUCUGCCGUCCUCGGCUUCCCUCCACCGUUGUCCUCCGCUCGUGUCCGCCUUCAUCCACCCUCGUCUCUCUCCUUAUCCUCUGCCUUCGUCCUGCGCCCUCGUCCGCUGCCUUCUUCUCCCGCUCUCAUUCUCCGCCCUUGUCCGCCCUCAUUCUCCGUCCUCGUCCGCCCUCGUUGUCCGCCCUUGUACGCCCUCGUCCUUCGACCCGUGCACGCGCCGUCGUCCUUCGCCCUCGUUCUGACCUGCGCCCUUGUCCCCGGCCCCCGUCCUAGCCCUCGUCUCCCGCUCUUGUCCCCCGUCUAG